AAAGAAGUGCGCAGCACCGCACCACUGCAGAGGCGAUUCUACGCAGGGAAGCCAGGACGCAAAACUGGAUCUACAAAUAACCACCAACUCUUUCUAACCACCACCUAAAGAAUGACAGCGGCCAGCAUUUGUUCGUUCCUUGUCAGUGAAGUCUCCGGCCAGGACAAGAUGUUGAACUACAGCCAAUCGUGCGCCGGCGCGAGCAGUCAAGUCAACUCGAGCCGCUACAAGACGGAGCUCUGCCGGCCUUUCGAGGAGAACGGCUCCUGCAAGUAUGGCGGCAAGUGCCAGUUCGCCCACGGCGCGCACGAGCUGCGCAGCCUCACCCGCCAUCCCAAGUACAAGACUGAGCCGUGCCGCACGUUUCAUACCGUCGGUUUCUGCCCAUAUGGCCCCCGCUGCCACUUCAUCCACAACCCGGAGGAGCGGCGGGGGCCCCCGACGCUCUGCCCGCGCCUUCAGCACAGUUUCAGCUUUGCCGGCUUCCCGAGUCCCGGCAGAUCCCGAGACGGCCCCGCCUCGGUCACCCCGCCCCCCGCUCGAUCCGCCGAAGACCUGACGGAGUGGUCGGGCGCCCCUCGACUUCUGGCUCCCAUGUCUCCCACGAUCCCCUUUGCUUUCCGGCCGGCUUCAGAAGGCCCCCCCAGCCCGCUGGAUUCUCUGUCCGACCAGGAAGGUUACCAGAGCAGUCUUGGCAGUCGUAGCGGCUCAGAGUCCCCUCUCCUGGAUGCAUCACGCCGGCUCCCCAUCUUCAGCAGGCUCUCCGUUUCGGACGAGUGAGAUCGAAGUGUUUCCUCAGCUCUGUUUACUCCAGAACUCGGAUCACAACAUCAGAUGCCUUCUCUUUUGACUUUUAUAACCCUUACGGUUGCAGUCAGGUUUCUAACCGAAAGGAAGAAUUACUAACAUCUCCACGUACCGUUGCCACGCUGAAAUGAAUGUGAACCCUCACGAAUUGUAGCUCAGAUUACGAAGCACACUUUAACAGCGUUGCCGAUCGCCUGGCAACAGUCAUCAUUAUUGACUGUCGCCACAACCUUUUAAGCCUCCCCCUGGAAGCUCAGUGUUGCGUUUAUAAGGAUCGCCUCAGCUAAGUGAACAAGAGGAUAUUCAGAGAAAAAUUUUCAUUAUUAUUAUUGCUUUAGAAUCAUACCAAGUGAAUGAGUCACUUAAGCAAAGCUGGAAUCCUGCAGCUGUUCCAUGGAUGAGAAUGACAAUGCAAUUUGCACACACCACCGCAUUGGAAGUCCUCGACGUCGUUUUCGAGGCGAUUUGAGUCGACGCUUAUCGUAAUGGUGGGUGCUUUAGGUGAACAUAUGUAAAAGUGCCAGCAGACAAUAUUGGAAGGUGCAAUUUCUUAGUUUGGAGUUUAUUAUGAGUAGACGUCCAAUCCAUUUGAGCCUAGAGGGUGGCAGCGAAUCAACAUUUGUCACUUCUGCUUCUAACGGAUUGGUCGUCAAUGGCAGCCAAUGAGUCGGGGCAAAUUCAAAACCUCUGUGACGUUGGCAUCGGACGCAAAUUUAUGUUAUCCGUUUGUGUUCCUAUCGUUUUUGAGAUAUUAACAAUUCUUUUAUGGGUCAAUCUUUGGUCAACCAGUCCCUUAUUUUGAUUAGAAAUGUUUGUGCUGUAAAAAUGUUCGUUUGUACUGCUACCGCUUUUAAGAUAUUAAUUUCAAGUGAUGACGUCAAUCGCAGGACCUCUGUCGCGGCUGACGAUGCAUAACCAACUCUCCCAAUAACAGAGUGGUGUCCAAUCAAAAAGCACAAACAAAUGGUUUCCGUUUGGGUCUAUUUUGCAGUAAAUAGGGGGCUUGAGAUAUUAAUUUCAAGUGAUAACCUGACUCACAGUUCCUCAUUUUGAUUAAAAAUGUUAGUGCUGUAAACAUUUUCGUUUGUACUUCUAUCGCGUUUUGAGAUAUUAAUUUCGAGUGAUUACGUCAAGCGCAGCACCUCCAUCUUGGCUGACGAUGCAUAACAACUCUCUCAAUAACAGAGGGGUGUCCCAACAAUUAGUGCAAACGUAGCACAAACGAAUGGCUCCCCUUUGGGUCCAUUUUGCAGUAAAUAGGGGGCUUCAGAUAUUUCAAGCA